GUGAUUAAUUUAAUAUAUAUCACUUUAACUAGCUAGGUAAGGGAUCCCCUCAAACUACGGCGAUUAUUAGACUAGCCAGCAUGAAUAGGCUUCUCUUGCUUUUUUAAGGCCAGGAAUCUCUCUCUCUCUCUCUCUCUCUCUCUCUCUCUCACUCACUCGCUCAAAGCAUAUUCGAAGAAUUGAAGCCGGACGGCAGCGGCGGAGGCCAUGAAUCCAGUAAAAUUUUGCCCCGAAUGCAACAACCUGCUCUACCCAUUUGAAUAUAGGGAGCUCAGGACCUUCUGCUUUUUCUGCCCCACCUGCUACCAUCAGGAGACAAUACACCUUUCUAUGUACGAGCAGCCUCAGGUCCUGCAAGAUGCUUAUGCAAAUCGAACACUUCCCCGCGCAUGGGGUGUCGAAUGUCCUGUAUGUCAUUAUCCAGAAGUUGUAUUCUUUCUGACUAAAACCAGGGAAGCAAUGGCUCUAACCUUUGCCUGCUGCAGACAAAGCUGUGGUCGAAACUUUAAGGAAAGAGCUCGAAUUACUAUUUGAAGUUUGCUUGCUGCUUAAUAUUAGUAUUUAUGUAUGACAUCCAGGAAGUUUUUAAUUUGGUAGAGCUUCAUCUUAAUUGCUUCCCUAAAUAUAAUUUCCAUAGAAAAUUAAAGAAAGCAACGGAUUCCUCAAAGGAAGCCUUUUUGAUGUGCAGAACCUAACUUAAUCUUCAUUUUAAUUUUGCACUUCAAGAGUUUAUAUAAUUUAUCAUUCUG